AUGUCAGCCGGGUCGGCGGAAUAUGGAGAGAAGGCGUCGAAGGGUACGGGUUCGGAAGCAUCCAGCUCAAGCGGGUUGCUGGCUGGGGCUGGUGGGGCUGAGACUUCCUCACUCUCAUUUGAUGUGGACGGUGAAGGAGGGGAGGACAGAGGAGACUCAGAUGGGGCAGGAGAUGAUGCUGGCGUUGUAGAUGAUGCUGGUGCUGCAGAUGAUGCAGGUGUUGCAGAUGAAGCUGGUGCUGCAGAAUAUGCUGGUGAUGGAGACGAGGUUGGGGUUGCACAUGAUGCUGGCGAUGGAGAUGAUGUUGGUGUUGCAGAUGAAAUUGGUGAUGGAGACGAAUUCGGUGAUGAUGUUGGUGAUGGUAAUGGGGUUAGAGAAGGUGAAAAUGGAGAUGAAUGUGGGGAUCCGAGGAAGUUAAGAACUCGAUUUCAGGUAAAGAAGCUAGCAGCAGCGACUGUCACAAGAUUUGACGGAACCUCAGACGGGUUGCUGGCUGAUGGUGGUGGGACUGAGACUUCAUUACUCUCAAUGAAAGAGAAGAGGACAGAGUAG